AUGAAGCCCAGUCAUCUUGAGCGGACGGCAGCCGAGCCGCGAGAUAAGUCUCUUACCACCGUCACGAUAGCGAGGGUCGACGAAAUCAAUGAUCAUAUCAGAUUGUUCUGCCUAGCGCUCUCGGCCCCUGUUCGGUUCUUACCGGGGCAGUGGCUCGAUGUCUUCGUGCCGGGAGUUCCGAAGGCGGGGGGGUACACCAUCACGUCAGUGCCAUCGAGGGCGUGGCCAUCGUCGCCACCGGGGAGCUUGCCCGACGACGACCUGUACUUGGAGCUUGCGGUGCAGAAGUCGUCCGACCCGCCGGCCGCCUGGUUGUGGCAGCCCUCGGACUCCAUCACCUAUGCUGAGCUGCAGGUCCGCAUCGGUGGCAGCUUUGUGUGGCCGCCCCCAGGUGUCAACGUCAGGACCCUGAGGCGCGCCGUCUUCGUCGCCGGCGGUAUUGGCAUCAACCCGCUGAUCAGCAUGCUCGGUAGUCUGGCCGAGGGCGGGGUCCCCUCCGCCCCGUUCGAGGUGCGAUUUCUCUACUCGCUGAAGGGUGAUGGCAACGCGGCCACCGGCACCCCCUGCGCCGACCGCAUACUGUUCCUUGAGCGUCUGACCACGAUCCUAGGGCCCCGUAGCGGGGCAGUGAAGGGCCGAUUCGAGCUCUUCCUCACGGGCAUAGGAGAAGACGAGGGUAUCGUCCCCCGCGGGGGGUUAAUCCAAGAAGAUAUCUCCUAUCGCGGGCGGAGGAUGACGAUCAACGACGUCGCGGCGGCCGUUGGCGAUGUUUCCGAGAGGAGGUUCGCCGUGGUUUACGUCUGCGGAGUCCCAAACAUGACGGAUGAGUUCGUCCAGAAGCUUACUGACCCUACUGGCCUAGGGAUGGAGCCCCAUAAGGUGCUGUGUGAGAAAUGGUGGUAG